AUGCCGAGGGCAUGCGGUGGACUUUUCAUGAGGAACACUGUUCAGGAGCACAGUGCAUUUCGAUUUGCUGUGCAGUUAUACAACACAAACCAAAAUACCACAGAAAAGCCCUUCCAUUUGAACUAUCAUGUAGAUCACUUGGACUCUUCAAACAGUUUUUCAGUAACAAAUGCUUUCUGUUCACAGUUUUCCAGAGGAGUUUAUGCCAUCUUUGGAUUCUAUGAUCAGAUGUCAAUGAACACACUGACGUCGUUUUGUGGAGCCCUUCACACAUCCUUCGUCACGCCCAGCUUCCCAACAGAUGCAGAUGUGCAGUUUGUCAUCCAGAUGCGGCCAGCAUUGAAAGGAGCCAUCUUGAGUCUCUUGACCCAUUAUAAGUGGGAAAAGUUUGUGUACCUCUAUGACACAGAACGGGCUUAUGACAAGAGGAAUGAAUCAACUUUGAAAGUCAUCCAGCAUAAGAUGUCUCAUACUGGCAAGACUAAAAUGCAGCGGAAGACCAUCAGGAUGGAGUUCCUGGUGGUGUUCU